AUGAGCUGUGCAGGUCCACCCCUGCUGUGUUGCUCUGGUAAAAACAGCAGUUGUUCAAGGGGUUGUUUCUGUGACUCGUCCUGUGUGCUAUUCAACGACUGCUGUCCUGACUACUUUUCAACCUGCACACAAGGUUUUAACUCUCCGCCGCCAAUAAGACAGAGCACAACAAGUACCACUACUAUACCUACACUGGCAAUUGACACCACAACUUCAUCAUUCCUAUCCAAAACAACAGCAUCAGUCUCUGAUACUACAACGCCCAGUACAAAAGGCACCACAGCAGCAUCUGGACUGGUAGAAGAGAGUACAAUAUUAGCAUCCACAGUAAAUGAUACCUUAGAAACCAGCCAAUCAAAUAGCCUUACAUCUUUACGAGCAAAUAUAAAACCCAAUUCAGCAUCCACAGCCUCUAAUACAACACCACCAAGCACAACAAAUAGCAAUAAUAGCCCUACACUAGCAGAAAACAUCCAAGCAUCCAAAUUUGCUGAUAUAACAUCACCCAGCGAAACAGGUAGCACUGCAGCAUCUACACUGGUGGCAGUGAGAACGACUUCAGCAUCUACCAUCGGGGAUACAACAACACAAAGUACCAGUACAAGUAUUAUAUCUACACCAAAAGAUAUACAGCCAUCAUUCUCAUCCACAAUCUUUCCAACAAAAUCUCCCAUUGCAACAAGGAGCAUAAAUGCAUUAGAUGUGAGCACAAACCAAGUUGCCAUAGCUUUUGCUUCAACAACAACCAGCCAAACAAACAGCAACACAUUCAAAACAGCAGAUGAAAGCACAACUUCAACAGCCUCUGCACAAACAGCACCCAGCACAACAAACAGCGAUACUACCCCUACACUAGCAGAAACUUCAACAUCAACAGUCGCUGAUACUACAACAACCAACACAACAGGCAGCAUUGCAUCCUCCGCAUACACAGUCUUUAAACCAACAACACCAAGCUCAAGUACAAGUAAUACAUCUACACCUACAGAAAUCCCCCCAUCUUCAUCAUCUGCAGUCUUUUCAACAAAAGCUCCAAGAACAACAACUAACACUAUGGCAUCAACUGUGAGCACAAACCUAGUGUCCACAGUGUUUGCUACUAAAGCAACCAGCCAAACAACAGGCAGCAAUGCAGCAUCUACAUUGGUAGAAAAGAGUACGAUUCCUGCAUCCACAGUCACUAAUACUUCAGAAACCAGCCAAACAAACAACAAUACAUCAGCAACAGCAAAUAUGAGCCCAACUUCAGAUGCCACAGCCUCGGAUUCAGCACCACGAAGCACAAGGACUCGUAGUACAUCUACACCGAAAGAAAACCCCCCAUCUUUGACAUCCAAAGUCUCCCCAACAAUAGCAUCGAGUACUAGAAGCAGCACAACUGCAUCAGAAGGGAGCACACACUUUGCUUUGACAACAACCAGCCAAACAAGUGUCAGUUUAUCUACACCACAUGAUAACAAAUCAACUUUAUCGGCCUCUGUAACAACAGCACCCAGCCCAACAAACAGCAAUAUCAGCCCUACACUUGCAGAUAUCCCAACAAAUGUAAGCUCCACAUUUUUUAAUACUACAAGAUCCAGCACAACAGACAGCACUGCAGCAACUACACUGGUGAAAGUUAGUACAACUUCAGCAUCUACCGUAGGUAAUUCUACAGAAACCAGACAAACAAACAGCAAUACAUUACCCUCAAAAAAAGGCACAACUUCAGCAUCCACAGCCUCGAAUACAUCACCACCAAGCCCUACAAACAGCACUUCUAGUCAUACACUAGCAAACACUGUAACAACUUUAAUCUCCACAGUUUCUGAUACUACAACACCCAGCACAACAGGCAGUACUUUAACGGCAACACUGGUGGAAGUGAAAACAACUUCAGCAUCUACAGUUGCGGAUACAACACCACCAAUCUCAAGUACAUCUACACCCACAUAUAUCUCGCCGUCUUCAUCAUCCGGAGUCUCUCCAACAACAGCUUCCAGUACGACAAGCAGCACUACUGUAACAGAUGGGAGCCCCAACCCAGUGUCCAUAAUUGUUGCCACUACAACAACCAGCCAAACAAGCAGUAUUACAUUAACACCGUUAGAUGGCCUCACAACUUCAGCAUCUACAGUCAGCCAAGCUACAGCAGGGACAACAAUUUCAGAGACCAGCACAAUUCUGGAUACUAGUGGUGUAACAUUGUCACCAGUAGAUGGGAGCAAAUCAGCAUUUUCCAACAAAAAGACAGAUUUCACCUUCAGCUCAAAUGCCAAAACAGGGACCAUUCACCUAAAAGUUUCAGGUUCAUCCCAGACAGAAGAAAGUGAGGUCAUUUUAGAGGCAUUAUCUAAUUUCAUCCGGCAGAACUGUGAGGGCUGCACUUCGACUAUCCGACGCAUCAAAUUCAACAGAGACUCUCAGAACUGAACAAUGGUGUCAACAUUUAAAAUACUUUCAGUGCCUAGUUAAAGUCUUGGUUAUAAAAUGACAGUGAUAUUUAUCAUAUCUAUUGGUUGAGAGCUAAAUGUUGGAGCAGGAUGAGCAGCUUGAAAAGUAUCAAGACAGAGCAGUUUGUCUAGACAGUGGUAUUAUUAUAAAAUAUAUUAUCAAGGGUGAUACACUUAAGCUGUGCAUAAAUAUCAGUACAUUGUAUGCAACAUGUAAGAAUAUGUAUUCACAAGACAUCUUACUACAAACAAAAAAAAUUGUACUUUGAGAUAUUGGCAACGUUUAAAAUCAAAUUAAGCCUGUUGCUAACUGUUAUAAGGAAGAAUUUUAAAUACUUGUCAUUUGUAACUGCCCUACUUUAUUCUAACAACACAAUGAAAAGAAACACAACAAAUCAGCUGUUGUGUUUGGAUAAAAUAGGACAAUGAAUCUAACAAUAAUUUACUAUAUAUUAUAUAUAUAUAUAUAUAUAUAUAUAUAUAUUAAUAUAAAGCAAUGUUAUUUGUUUCUUGACUUAUCAAAAAUAUUGUUUAGAUAUAAUGUAUUAAUAAACAUUAUCUAUAAUUAAUAUGUCUUUUAUUAGGUUGUAGUGUAUCUCAAUCCCAUCCAAUGCUCUCCAUCCAUGUGUCUCUUUCUAGGUUCAUGCCUACCAGUAGAGAGUAUACUGUCUAGAAAGUAGUAGUACUAGUAGUAGUAGUAGUAGUAGUAGUAGUAGUAGUAGUAGUAGUAGUAGUAGUAGAGAGUGUCAGAUCAGGCUCAACACAUUAUGUUUUUAUAAAUGACUGUAUGACCUGAAC